AUGCCACUACGACGUACUCCACCACGUGAGCCUGUGGCUGCGUCUGAUUGUGACUCGCUCGGUUUAUCGGACACUAAUGACGCUGAGCUAACAGCUAAAGUACCGCAUCGACAAAAACGUAAGCGGACAAAUACAACAGAUUCACAAUUAAACAACUUUAUGGUGGAGAUGAAAAGCUUGUUUACCGAAUUUAAAGUGCAGCAGGAGGACAAAUUAAAUAAGAUUUGUACUGUGGUCGAGGAGGUUAAAGUUCAAAACAGUGAAAUAAGAUCAUCUAUUGAGUUUCUAUCGAAGCAGUAUGAUUUCAUUCUUAAUCAGGUAAAUGUGCUGAAAGAACAAGUCCAUAAUAGCAAUAAAAAAGUUGAAUUACUUGAAAAUAAAUUGGAAAAAUAUGAAAGAAGCUCCCGUUCGACAUGUUUAGAGAUUAGAAACAUUCCGGUAAAAAAAUCUGAGACAAAAGUUUCUUUGUUAAAUACAGUGAUCGAGAUUGGUGAUGUGCUUAGUUUAACUAUACAGCCAUUGGAGAUAAAAGACAUUUUUAGAGUGAACACAAAGAACCCGGAAAAUAAAACAAUUAUUAUGGAGCUCAAUAACGUUAUUACGAAGGAGAAGUUUUUGAAUGCCUUUAAGAGUUACAAUAAAUCAAAUAAUAGGUUAUGUACGGGGCAAUUGAAGAUAUCAGGACCACCGAAACCAAUUUUUAUAUCAGAAAAUCUAACGACAACUAUGAAGCGACUGUUUUAUCUUGCCCGAGUUUUUGCUAGUAGCAAUAAUUAUAAUUACUGUUGGACAACAAACGGGAAAAUAUUUAUUCGAAAAAAAGAAGGCUACCCUCUUCAUUGGAUUAAAAGCGAAUAUGAUCUACAGAAACUUAAUAAGCAAGAAGACUGAAAAAUUUUACUGUUAUAUGUGUAUUUCUUUAAGCUUACCGUACAACAAUUUUAAAUUGAUUUUUUUAAAACAAAAAACUUGUUUAUGUUAUUAUAAGAAAAUGUAUGUCAUGUCAGCUUGUCACCUACAAAAAUAUACAGUAUAUAAAAUAUUUAACUCACAAAUAUAUAUGAAAUAUAAACGCAUUUGUCUAUAUAUUGUUUAUUAUUUAUUUUAUCAAAUAUAUAUUGCUAGCUAUGUCUUAUUAAUUAGUAUGCAUCUCCAUACACUUGUGAAAUAUGGUAUUUACACAAACCUAAGUAAUCUACUGAAUUACUAUACCUCUUCAUACCUAAUAACUUAUUACCAUUCGUUCAGAGUGCAAUUUACUUAUGUACUUCUAAUGAUUGUUGCAUCUAUUAUAAUCUUAAACUGGCUUAUUGUUUCGGGCAGUGAUUCGAGAGCUUCCAAGGAUAAAACCUACGAAUUUUCUAACAGUAUCUCAAUAAAGGUAUUAGUGUGUUAUUUUAAAUGUCAGAAUUACCUUUGGAUUACUUAUACAUGUCAUUCAGUUACUAUUAACAAGUACUUUUAUGCCAAUACGACGGGAAAACUAAAUAUAAAUGUUAUAAAUAAUUACUCGUACAUAUUGGAAAAAAAUAAAUUAUUAAUAUACAAUAAUUUUUACCUACUUAUUAUACAAAUUGCAAAAUGCCUAAAAUUCCCUAGAUGCCAAAGAAGUUACAUUUCAAUUUAUCAUGAUAUCAGGUUUUAUACAAUAAAUUACUACUACAUUAAAUUACAAUAUGUGAAUUUAUUAUUCUAUAUUUUAUUUUCCAUCCAUAAAAAAUGGACCCUUAAAUAUUUAAUAACUC